AUUGCUAUAUCUUUGUCGAGCACUGUUAGAGAGAGAGAGAGAGAGCUAAGAUGGGAAGAAGCGGUGUAGGUGCUGUAGCUCUCUUUACUCUCUCCCUUCUCUUCGUCUCGUAUAAGAUGGUGGAUUCAGCAAUCGGUGUGAACUGGGGAACGUUGUCGUUUCACAAGAUGAGACCUUCAACUGUGGUGGAUCUACUCAAGGCGAACAAGAUUACUAAAGUUAAGCUCUUUGAUACGAAUCCAGAUGCGCUUCGAGCUUUGAUGGGUACUGGAACCCAAGUUAUGGUCGGCAUUCCUAACGAGAUGCUCUCAUCUUUCAAUUCUGAUUUGUUUGUUCAGCAAAAUCUCUCUCGCUUCAUCGGCAAAAACGGUGCUGAUAUUAGGUAUGUUGCAGUAGGGAAUGAGCCCUUUCUGACUAGUUAUGGUGGGCAGUUUCAGAACUAUGUAGUUCCAGCUAUGGUUAACCUGCAACAGUCUUUGGUUAAGGCAAAUCUAGCUAACUAUGUGAAGUUGGUGGUUCCUUGCAACGCGGAUGCGUAUGAGGCUAAUGUUCCUUCCCAGGGGACGUUCCGGCCUGAGCUCACACAGAUCAUGACUCAGUUGGUUUCAUUUCUCAACUCCAAUGGCUCUCCUUUUGUGGUUAAUAUCUAUCCUUUCCUUAGUCUCUAUGGAAACUCGGAUUUCCCACAAGACUAUGCCUUUUUUGAGGGGAGUAGUCAUCCGGUUCCUGAUGGGCCUAACACUUAUUAUAAUGCAUUUGAUGGGAACUUUGACACUCUUGUUGCUGCUCUCACCAAGCUUGGAUAUGGUCAGAUGCCUAUAGUUAUUGGUGAGAUUGGUUGGCCUACGGAUGGAGCAGUUGGUGCUAAUCUCACGGCAGCCAGGGUUUUUAAUCAAGGGCUUAUUAGCCAUGUGUUGAGCAACAAAGGAACACCGCUCAGGCCAGGCUCUCCUCUUGCGGAUGUCUAU